CCAGAUUCAUGUGAGCAUGAGCACACCGCUACUGGCAAAAAUGCUGCGUCGGCGGAUUUUCCGACUUUGCCAGGUCCGAAACGUGAUUUCAGGCUCGAUCAGGUUAAGAAGUGACUCAAGCAGCUCGCAGUACUGUCUCGAUUUGGUCAGAAAACACGACUAUGAGGGUUUUCUCAGCGCUCUUUUGAUCCCAGAAGCGACUCAGAGGACCACUGUCAUCGCCCUCAGAGCAUUCAAUGUCGAGUUGGCCUUGGUGGCGCAAAAGGUAAGCAACGCAACCAUUGCUGGCCAGGGCCGGUUGAACUUCUGGCAAGAUUGUCUGGACAAGCAGAAUGUGCCUCAUCAUCCAGUGGCACAGGAGCUGCAAAGAGCCAGGACCAGACACAAACUAAACAAAGCUUUUCUCCAAAGACUGAUCACAAGCCGGAAAAAGCAGUUGGAAAAACCAGGUCAUGAAACUCUGGCAGACUUGGAGCAGUACGCUGAAGACACUGUCUCACCACUUUUGUACCUUUCCCUUCAAGCCGCUGCAGCUCAAAAGCCAGGGAGUGACUACAUGAACCUGAUCAAUGCAACAAGUCGGCUGGGAAAGGCGAUCGGACUGACCUACGCCUUGCGAGGGCUAGCCCACGCCACUCACUCCUCAGAACUGGGCAUACCGAAGGACACGUUGCGCAGGAACAAGGUGCAUCCUGAGAAAAUGGUGCGCAGGCAUGGGUCUGACAAGGAAGUCCAGGAUGCAGUGUAUGAGGUGGCCAGACGGGCAUUUCGCCAUUUGGACAAAGCAAGGACAGUUAAAGUGCCAAAAGAAGUAGUGCCGUUUUUGUUGACCAGCGUGCCUGCAGAUUUGUAUCUCAAGAGAUUGGAGAAAGUUAACUUUAACCCCUUUCACCCCAGCUUGCACAAGAGACUAGUCACCUUGCACUUUAGAAUGUGGUACAAUAAAUUGAUCGGGAAGUUUUAAAAUGUUA